UCUGCCUCUCACUCUGCUCCCCUACACAGUACAAUACCAACUCAUCUCCUUCUCUUAGUUCCUCAUAAUUCUCUAAACCCUCAUCAUAUUCAUAUUAUCAUUGCUUAUUUCUCAUCUUCUUACAAUACUUAUCCAACAUGGUACUCUCACAGCUUCAACAACAAGAGUUCGAUGUUGUCCAGUCCUCCAUAACUCCUACAGUGUUCCAAGGCAUUCCUGUCAUCGACCUCUCCAACCCGGACUCUAAAUCUUGCCUCGUUAAGGCCUGCGAAGAUUUUGGCUUCUUCAAAGUUGUCAACCAUGACAUCCCAACUCAACUUAUUUCCAAUCUUGAAUCACAAGCAAUCCAAUUCUUUUCGUUACCUCUGUGUGAAAAAGAAAAGUCAGGCCCUCCUAACCCUUUUGGCUACGGGAAUAAGAGCAUUGGACGUAACGGAGACAUCAGUUGGCUCGAAUAUCUUCUGCUAACAACCGGCCCUGAAUUUGAUUAUCACACACUUUCCUCUGUUUCUGCUCAAACACCCCAAACCUUUAGGGGUGCUGUGAAUGAUUAUGUAUCAGCUGUGAAGACAAUGGCAUGUCAGAUACUUGAGCUUUUGGCUGAUGGUUUGAGGAUUGAACAGAAGAAUGUGUUUAGCAAACUUCUGAUGGAUAAACAGAGUGACUCUGUUUUCAGGCUGAAUCACUAUCCUCCAUCUCCAGAUAUAAACAUGAUUGGAUUCGGAGAGCACACCGACCCACAAAUCAUCUCUGUUCUAAGGUCUAACAACACCUCAGGCCUGCAAAUCUCUCUGAGAGAGCACGGCUCCUGGUUCUCCGUUCCGCCAGACCAGGACUCAUUCUUCAUCAACGUUGGUGACUCUUUACAGGUGAUGACUAAUGGGAGGUUCAAGAGUGUGAAGCAUAGGGUUUUGGCAAAUAGCGAAAAAUCAAGGGUGUCAAUGAUUUAUUUCGGAGGACCACCACUGAAUGAGAAGAUAGCUCCGUUGCCUUCGUUGCUUAUGCAAGGAGAGGACAGCAGCUUGUACAAGGAAUUCACUUGGUUUGAGUACAAAAAAUCUGCCUAUGAGUCCAGGCUUGCUGAUAACAGACUCUGCCUCUUUGAGAAAUUUGCAGCCUCAUAAUAUUUUGCUAGUCGUAAAUUAAUAAAUCUCGAAAAUAUUGUUCUU